CACUUAUUUUUUCAAUCGACAACCCUAACCAUAGAUUUUAUUAUCCGAGAUUACAAAAGAUCGACGUAUGAAUGUAAUGCAUUGUCCGCAAUUAACAGGACAUGUUUCAUUGAUAACAGUGUUACUACAAUAUGUCCUGUGGAUCGGAAUACGUUUGUUACAUCUCAGUCAACCCACGAAACCCGAUUCCAUUUUCAGGAUUUUGAGUAUGCUGGACAUCCUGAUUCAAUGUUUGUUCAUUGUAAUGCUACAUUCUGUAAAUCAAAUGACUAUUCGUCUGAAUGUGAACCACAGUGCAAACAUAGUAAACGGAUGGGACAUCAUAGAAGUGAAGUCCAGAAUUUGAAUGGCCCUAUUGAGAUUUCUGACGAUGAAACUAAAAUACUAUUUACUGACAAAAGAGAUAUGUUUGAAGCAAACUCUGCUUACCCUUCUGGAGCUCCUAAGAUGAUUUCGAUGGAUAUAGAGGGAAGAAAGUUAUAUUUCCGUCUGUUGGCAUUAUCACUUGGGCCAGCAAUGGAUGUUCUUCAUUUGUAUUUUGAAACGAAAGUUCUAAAUGGUUUGGAAUUUUAUAUGUUUUUAAAUCAACAUAAGCAUGUUUUAUUUCAUCAAUUCAUUCCGAAGAUCCCUUGCUGUGAAUGUAAAAAAAUAUCACUAGCAGCGUCAAGUAAACGUGGAAAUAUGAAUAACAAUCAAUUUAAUACACUAUAUGAACCCAAAGGGCAGAUCGCAACUGCACAUGAGCACAAAGAUUGUAAAGGUAAUAUAAAAGAACACUGUCUUUGCCAGUAUACUGUUAAACAGCAAGUUAGUGUUGAUUGUAUGGAUAUAUCUUUAUUGCACGUUGUUAUCAAAACGUGUUGUCCAGUUGGCAGCAUUCCUGGAGACCCAAAUUGGCUGAAUAAAAUAAAAGAUAUAAGGAAUACUCUUGUCCAUCAUGGUUCUUGUAGUAUAGACAUGAAUGAAUUUGAAGAUCUGUGGAAAACUCUGGAGGAUAAUGUACUAAAUCAUGCUGGUGUUGUAGCUUUAACACACAAAAAGAAAGUCAAAACGGAGAUACAAAAACUUAAAGAAGAAACGUCACUGGAUCAUUUAAAAGAAGUCGUCAAACAUUCCAGUGAAAAUAUACAAGAGGUUCUUUUAUCAAAACUAGAACAGACAAAAAACCAAUACUCAAUAGAUUUAGGUAGAGUAGAAAGAAAUUUACAAGAAAUAAAAGCGAUGUUGAAUACGUUUGUGCAGAUUCCGCAAAUUAAAGAUACAAAUGUCACAGACAAGAUGGCUGCAAGCUGUCGAGUAGAUGACCCAGGAUUCGAUGCAGAAAUUAUGAUGACAAAUAAUCUCAACCAACCAAAUAGUACCAGUGAAGAAUUUUUGAUAAAAUCCAUUGAGAAUAAAUGUGUAUUAUUAGCUCUCGAGGUUUCAAGACUAGUACUUCAUAAUAAAGAAGCAUUAGAGUUUGCAGUAUAUGAUUUGAUUCAAAAGAUAAUUACGGCUGGAAAUAUUGAUACCAAAAUUAAGAGAACAGUUAAAAUGGUGUUGAUCAUAAAAGGCCUGAUAACAAAAGAUGAAUUGUUAGUUAUAUCAGCUGUGUUAUCUCCAGACAGAAAAAGACAAGAAAAGGCUCUAAGUGACUUUGAUUUGUAUACAAAAAGACAGGAUAGAGGUGAAUUUAAAGAUGAAGAUGAUGAGGUACCAUCUUUAAACUUUGAUUCUGAAACAAACAAAAUGUCCUGUACCCAAUGCAAUUCUCUUUUGACAUGUCAAAACUGUAGGUCAAAAGACAUCAAAAUAGCAUCAUUGGUGAAAGAGAUAUCAUACUUGAGACCAAGACUGAGAAGACAAGAGUCACUUAUUUGUUGUCAAUGUUGUGAUGAUAAGGAGAAACCUGCGUUUUACGAUUGCAAAGAAUGCGACAAGUAUAUGUGUGAACAGUGCAAUGCAAAACAUAACUCUGGUACAGCUUUUAGUGACCAUAAAAGCAAGUACAUCGAUCCUCUUAAAUAUAAAGUGAAAGAUACAUUUAAAAUCAGGGGAAUGAAGAUUCGCGACAUCAAAGUGCUAAAUGAUGAACUCUUAGUUGUUGCUGACGGCAAGGAAAACAAAUUAAUUACGUGUCGAAUAGAUGGAGGGGACAGAAUGGAAACAAUGUUACCGAUGGAACCUUUCCGAAUGGCAGUGACGGAUGUAGAAACGGUUGCUGUUUCUUUCGGCUCUGAAAUGAAAGUGGGACUUAUAAAUGUUCUAUCUGGAGAAUCAACCAAUGAAUUUGAACUACAUGCGUCAUGUUUUGCAAUAGCAUAUAGUAAUAUGCAAUUAUUCGUGAGUUGUCAAGAGAAAACAGAAGUUAUAAGUGACAAUGAACAUACAGUUCAUGUUAUAAGCAUACACACAGGAGAAUUACAAUAUAAAAUUAACCUCAGCGAUUUUACUCCAGAAAAUAUGCUCGUUGGAACGGACUCUCGUAUGUACUUUACUUAUUACGGGAACAAAUUCAUAUGCACUGAUAUGACCGGAAGUAAAAUAUUCGACGUACAUGUGGACAAUAUGAGAGGCCCUUGGGGUAUAACAUUUGACAACAACUGA